AUGUGUGUAGCGAGUUUGGAUGAAGCACCUUGUUCAGCAUGGUCUCCCUUUGUCUUUGUGAUUCUCACUGUAUCUGUUGUUGUCCGUCUGUUCUCCUUCUCAGUUUCCGUCUCCGUUCAUCCCUCUGCUGUUCUCAAGCUGAACGAUGAGGCAACGCUCCAGUGUGAGGUGAAAGGUCAGCCCCAAGGAUGUGAAGUGAAGUGGCAGAGUCCAAAUACAAAGUCACCCACAAAUCCAUCAACAGUUCAACUGAAACCUGUAACAAGCUCACAUAACGGGGCCUGGGAGUGUAUCGUCACCUGUGGCAGCAAUAAGUUUAGUCAGAGUCUGACCAUCACAGUCAAAGAGCCUCCAACUACAACAACUACAACAACUCCACCAACCACCCGUAAGAACGUCACAUUGUUUGUAACGAGUGUUCAGAAGACAACAUGUACAACAUGUACAACAUGUACUGCCAACGAUUGCCCACUGGGACUCUCCUGUUGGAUGUGGAUUGCAAUCGGAGUCUGCUGUCAGUUUGGGAUCUUCCUGAUAGUUUGUGUCACUGUCUUGUGUAAGUGCAUGAGAAGAAGGAGGGCAUGUGAGGAAAGGCGUUCAUCAAAUAUUUAUGUGUAGAGUUGAUUGUUGACGAUGAAACAAAAAAUGGGUUAAGUCUAAAUGAGUGUCUCAGAUUGAGUAUUACACUCUUCAGUAAAUUGGUGCAGAUGUACAGAUGAAAUGUUCGGUUUGUUUCCUGGACCUCGCUGAGUAAAACUGAGAAGCACCUAAAAUCUUUGAAACAUCUGUUCACACUUUGCUUGCAAAUGACACUUUAUUGCCAAAAGCGUUCACUCGUCUAACUUCAUACACAUAUGAACUUGAGCGGCAUCUCAUUCUCAAUCCUUGAGGUUUAAUAUGAUGUAGGUCCAACUGUGGCAGCUUAAACUCUUAUGGGAAGGCUUUCCAAAGAUUUAGGAGUGUUUAUAGGAAUUUUUUGACCGUUCUUCCAGAAGCACAUUUGUGAGGUCAGACACUG